AUGGGCAGAAGAAAGCUGGAGGUAAAGUACAUAAGUGACAAAGCCAAACGAUUGAAGACCCUCCAAAUCAGGAAGGGUGGGCUAUUCAAGAAAGCGUCUCAGCUUUCCAUAUUAGGCGGUUGCCAGGUCGCUGUUCAAAUUGAGUUCGAAGGGAAUGUCUUCAAAUUUGCGGAGGAUUCCACGAAUUUACCUUAUGGUGGAGCAUGUUCUGUUCUUGCAAACAAGGACAAUGAGUGUGCAUCUUCUGUUCUUGCCAGUCUGAGUCAACAAGAAGCAAAAGAUGAAUCUCUGAGCUCCUUGGAAGAUGCAAAUGUAUUUUCGAAGAUUCCUUGUUGGAAUGAUUCUUUUCUCGAAAUGGAGAGGGAGCGGGAUACAAAUUAUGGCCGGUCAGAUGGACUUGUUCUUGCCAGUCUGAGUCAGGCAAAAGAUGAAUCUCUCUACUCCUUGGAAGAUGGAGAUGUAUUUUCGCAGAUUCCUUGUUGGAAUGAUUCUUUUCUCGAAAUGGAGAGGGAGAGCGAUAAAAAUUACGGCCAUGAUGUUGUCGGUCAGAUGGACUCUGUUCUUGCCAGUCUGAGUCAACAAGAGGCAAAAGAUGAAUCUCUCAACUCCUUGGAAGAUGGAGAUGUAUUUUCCCAGAUUCCUUGUUGGAAUGAUUCUUUUCUCGAAAUGGAGAGGGAGAGGGAUAAAAAUUAUGGCCAUGAUGCUGUCGGUCAGAUGGACUCUUUGCCAGAAAUGAUAUUCCCUGAUAUCAGUGAAGAACUAACUUCGGGUGGAUUUCUUUAG